AUGGUGUGCAAGACGUGCGAAAAGAAGCUGGGAAAGGUGUCGGCAGCCGAUCCAUUUCGCAAUCGCAACACGCAAGGCGCCGUCGUCUCGUCCGGCCUGGGCAGCGCUGGGCCGUCGAGGGGCGGGCCCUCGGCCUCGUCGACGUCGUCGAGCAGCGUGCGAGACGUGGGCAAGAACAAGCUGCUCGGCGCAAAGAACUGGUACAGCCCCAUGGCAGCCAGGUGCACGCUGUGUAAGGCCAAUGUACAGCAGGACAAGGCCAAGUACUGCCAGCAAUGCGCCUUCAAAAAGGGCCUCUGCGCCAUGUGCGGCAAGGCAGUCGUCGACGAAAAGGUCCGAAAGAUGUCCAAGAUGAGCAGCGCCUAG